CUCUACUUUCUCAACACCAAAUCGCCGCCAAAGAACCGUCGCCCUACCUCGAUACGCUGCUUCACCAUGGCAAGCGGCGCGCAGUCCUUCUACGAGCUCUACCGCAGGAGCAGCAUCGGCCUCGCCCUGACGGACACGCUGGACGAUCUCAUCAGCGAGGAGCGCAUCCACCCGCAGCUGGCCAUGAAGAUCCUGAGCAACUUUGACCAGGCCAUCACCGAGGCGCUGCAGAAGAAUGUCAAGAGCCGGCUCCAGUUCAAGGGAAGCCUGGAUACAUAUCGAUUCUGCGACGAAGUAUGGACGUUCCUCAUCAAAAACGUCACGUUCAAGAUGGACAACGGCAGCGUCUCUGUGCAGGCGGACAAGGUCAAGAUUGUUAGCUGCAAUGCAAAGAGACCGGGCGAGGGACAGUAGAGCGCGGCAAGAGGGCUGUCUUUGAUUGAUU